AUGCCUCCCGAUACGCCAGAAGGUUUACCCCGCGCAGAUACUAUCCUACCUGAGAUGAGCGUCAAGAGCCUCAAACGCCCCAAAGUUCGCAAGUUUCCGGACAGUCACUAUGACAAGCUGUAUGAUCUUCCCAUUGAAGGUCCGAUUGAGGAUCAUGAGCCAGAUCCUAUGCCGGAGGACGCGUUUGAACGUCAUUGGACAAGUCCAGACUGGUUCAAACCCGAUCGCGACUCUACAGGUUCCUCUCUACCGCCAAUACAAGCGAGCAAGAACGUAUUUAAAGAGUCUCAUACUGAGAAGGAACUUCGUCUGGGUCGGAGAGACGCUGUCAAGAGGGCAUUCAUCCACGCAUGGCAAGGUUAUAAAGACUAUGCAUGGGGUCGUGACGAGCUUCGACCGGUGUCAGGAGGUGCUUCUGACCCGUUUGCGGGGUGGGGAGCCAGUAUCGUAGAUGCCCUGGGGACGCUUCUCAUUAUGGGUCUGGAAGACGAGUAUGAUGCCUGUAGAGAGCACAUCAACAGACUGGACUUCCGGCUUGUCGAAGGCAAAGACUGGGCUUAUGGGUACCGACCUUCACCGUCUAUGAAUGAAUCAGCUCCCGCGUAUCUACGUCGCAAUGACAGGGUCGGCCGGGCGACAGAUGUCAAGCUCAGAGUAUUCGAGACGCAUAUUCGAUACCUAGGCGGUCUUCUUGGUGCAUACGACCUCUCCGGAGACAGAUUGAUGCUGGAACGAGCAGAGGAUCUUGCCGAGAUCCUCGCUCGAGCGUACAAAACGCAGACUUCGAUCCCGCUCGGAUCCCUCGAUCCUGGCAGCGAUCAAGUAUGGUAUAGGGCCACGCCGAUGCUGUCGGCUGAAAUGGGUUCCAACAUCCUAGAGUUUACGCGCCUUUCCCAAGUUACUGGCAAUAAGAGUUACUUCGAUAUCGGCCAGCGAACUACCGAUUGGCUUCAGCGACAUGUAGUCAACAAGACUCGGUACCCUCCGCUUCUGCCUGUCUCGUUCAACAGUGAUAUGCAUGAGUCCACCCCGCUAGGAGGCACAUAUACCAUGGGUGGAAUGGUCGACAGCUACUACGAGUACAUGAUCAAGCAGCAUCUUCUGGUCGGCGGAGCGACUGAGCAAUAUUCAGAAAUGUAUACGUCCGCCACAGAAACGGCACGAAAGGAACUAUUUAUGCCAGUCGCUAACUAUCCAGGCCGGGAUUACCUCACCAUCGGGGACAUGACCGAUGGCAACCAAAAACAACAGUUGCAACAUCUUACCUGUUUUGCGGGUGGUAUGCUCGGUCUGGGCGGAAAGGUUCUGAAUCGAACGAACGAUCUGGACGAUGGCUUACGGGUGACUCAAACGUGCUACAUGAUGGGUACAAUGACCGAAAGCGGUCUACAACCGGAGAUUAUCAAUUUCCACAACCCGAACAAUUCCGCCUUAUACGAGAAGAUCAAGAUCGAGCUCCCCGGCAAGAAUGCCUAUGGAGGUUCCCGGUGGUUGGUACAAGAGAAACUCAAGGGAAGUCCUCCUGGAGCUAGCGCCAGUGCAGCGCAGUAUCAGGGUAGACCGGAAACGAUCGAGUCGGUCUUCUAUAUGUAUCGCCUGACUGGAGAUAAAGCCUGGCAGGAACGGGGUUGGAGGAUGUUUACCUCUUGGGUGAAAGCCUGCAAAACGACAGCCGGUUUCUCUGAGGCUGUUGACACUAGGAAGGAGCAUCCUGACCUCUCGGAUAAGAUGGAAUCGUUCGUUCUGGCGGAGACGCUCAAGUAUUAUUACCUGCUGUUCUCCGAGCCCGAAUUGAUCUCUCUCGAUGACUACGUGUUCAACACAGAGGCGCAUCCUAUCCUACUUCACAACCUGAAGCCCGGCUCCCACAAGUUCUGGACCGACAAGGGGGAUCAAGAUCUUGGCGUCAGGGCUAGUGGAACCGACGCUCAAUUGUGGUUACGAUACGACUUGAGGACUAGCGGCUCUUAUAAGACGUGACGGGAUUGAUCCUUCAUCCUUGUUUCCGAGCCUAACAUUUGCUUAGAUGUCCAUGCAUUCUAUAGACUACAUAAAUAGGUUAGUUACAUUUUCUGGCGUUUUGUUACGGUCUAUCGA